GCAUUGAUUGUAUUCGUUUCCCAUAUCCCUCUAGUUGUGAACGAGGUGACCAUGGAGUCUCCUCGGCUUCCUCUAAGUGCUGCAGGUUUGCGUGCAAUCCUUGAACAAGACUCCAUAGGGAGAUCUCAACUUCCCUCUCGCAAACGGAUACAAGAGCUCAUUGCAAGCCUCCCUAAGAUCACAGAAACUGAGCUCAAAGACUUGGGUCAUUCUGAAUCUGUUUGCCCCAUAUGCUUUAAUACGUUCUUGGCCAUCCUUGCUGAAGAAGAAAUGGCACUCGUCAUGGACUCCCCCGCGCACCCAGUAGAGGAACUGGGCGCGACGAGACUCCACGAAACAUGCGGACAUCUGUUCUGCCGAAGAGACAUCACGAAAUGGAUACGUGACGGCCGCGAGUCUUGCCCCACUUGUCGUAGGCCUUUCCUUGCGGCUGCGGCUGAUGACCAACACGAUGCGGCGGAGUUGUCUCUGCCGGAUGAUUUUCCUGAGUGGAUUGUCGACAGCUCAAUGGUUGCCACAGAUUCUGGCAACACAGGCUUACUGCCUUUCCUGGCUGUCCCCUCGAUGGCGAUGGGUAGUCAUUCAUCUGCUCAUCAACGAGAAAGCCUAGACGAAUUUUCUGGCAUGUACUCGUAAUAGCUUAGAUUCUUACAUACACUGAGUGUGGUUACA